AUGGCUGCUGCCACAGAAGUCAAUCUGAUGUCCUCAGAUGCAUCUGGCCUUCAUUCUGCCCGAAACAACGAUGUUAUUUCCAAGACACAUAACGGAAAGAAGACCACCUCCUUGUGGCGCAAAAUUGUAAGCUUCGUUUGGGAUUCCGUAGAGGGGGAUCCAGAGUACCGACGAUACGUCCAAAGGUUGGAUCUUUUUUUCUUCCCAACCGUUUGUCUCGGCUACUUUAUCAAAUAUCUCGAUCAAACCAACUACAGCAAUGCCUUUGUCAGUGGAAUGCAGACAGACCUGGCUCUGUACGGUAAUGAGCGGAACUGGCUGAACACAUGGUUUAGCUUAGGCGUCAUGAUUGGUAGUGUGCCCGCACAGAUGUCUCAACUCAGAUUUGUCCGAUCUUCCAUCUUACUGCCUAGCUGCGAAGUCAUCUGGUCGGCUUUGGUCAUCGGUAUGGGCUUCUCCAAGAACAUCGAGACGAUGUACGCGCUACGCUUCUUUAUCGGCCUGUUUGAAGCCUGUGCGUUUCCUGGCUACAUCGCCAUGCUUGGCGGCUGGUAUGGUCCCAAAGAACUGACGAAGCGCGUCGCCAUACUGCUCCAAAUCGAGUCUAUCGCUUCCAUGUUCAGCAGUUAUCUCCAGGCCGGACUUUACACCAGCAUGAACGGACACGCAGGUAUUGCUGGCUGGCGGUGGCUGUUUAUUAUGGACGGUGUCAUCUCAGUGCCUAUCGCCGUCUGGGGCUUCUUUGGUCUGCCGGACCUCCCCCACAACACAAAGGCUUUCUACUGGUCCCCGGAACACGUACGGUACGGCAUAGAGAGAAUCGAAAAACUCGGACAGAAGGCCCAGACCAAGCUGACCUCAAAGGAAUUAAAGCGCAUUUUUCUGGGUUGGGAGCUUUGGGUUUUUGUUGUGCCCUACACUAUGGUUGCCGCAUGCCAUUCAGCGACCAGCUACUUUAAUCUCUGGCUAAAAGCAGCUGGAUACAGCGUUGUGGAGAUCAACGUUAUGCCCACGGGUGGCAGUGCCUUGAACAUCGUGGUUACAAUAUUUUGGGGUAUGAUCGCAGAUAGAUUUGGCCAUCAUUACUGGUUGAUCACCAGCGUGCAAUUAUUAAUGAUGUUCUCCAAUGUUCUUCUUUCCAUCUGGACGAUCCCCAAAGCGGCUCUCAUGUUUGCUUUUUAUCUCUCAUAUGCUGGCUCGGCGGCUACUCCAGUACUGAUUGCCUGGGGCAAUAAGCUUAAUGCAGGCGAUCCUAAUUUGCGACAACUCCUAGUUGCCGUUGCAAACGUCGUAUCUUACGCGUGGGUGCUGUGGGUGCCACUUGUCUUGUUCCCUACUCAGGAUGCACCAAAGUACAAGUACGGAUACCAGAUUUUGAUAUUGUUUGGUGGCCUUGCCAUCAUCAGUGUGUCAUUGAUGUGGUACAUGUAUAGACGACGAGAUAAGCAGAAAGCUCGCGAUGGCGUCCAAAAUAACGUUGAAACAACUCCAGAAAGACCUGCCGAGAUCUGAUUGGGCCACAAUCUUACAUACCUGCCGAGUAUAGUCAAGAUUUGAAAAGUCGUCAUCUGCCAGGAAUUAUGCAUACUCAAUUAUAUAGAUGGUCACCUUAGCCGUAUAGCAUUGUCAAGAACCUCGUGUUAUAAAACUUACCAUCAGACACUUUCCUAUCGUAACGAAGCCGGCUACCAAGCGGAAGAUUAGAAGGAUAAAUGGAUCAGACUAUUUGUGAUGUUUAAGUCAGAGUGAACAUGCAUGAGGAUGCGGGUAUGUAGCCCAGCCCAAGCUGUGAAGGAUUAGUAUCUUG